CGUGCAUGCAAGGUCUUGCACUAGUUAUAAUGGGCGAAGAGGUGGUGGUCUUUGGUGUUUGGGUAAGCCCUUACAGUUGCAGAGUAGAGACUGCUCUGAGAGUGAAAGGAGUACCCUACAGAUACAUUGAAGAAGAUUUAGGCAACAAGAGUCCUUUGCUUCUCAAAUAUGACCCCAUCCAUGAGAAAGUUCCCGUGCUUGUACACAAUGGAAAUCCUAUUGCAGAGUCCCUUGUGAUUCUUGAAUACAUUGAUGAGACCUGGCCGCAAGGUUUUCCCAUAUUGCCUAAAGAUCCUUACGAGAGAGCCACUGCAUGUUUCUGGUCCAAGUUCAUUGACGACAAGUGUAUGCCUGCAAUAACGCAAGCUUGCUGGGGUGAAGGAGAAGCGAGUGAUAAGGCAGUGGAAGAAGCAACUGAGCUUCUAAUGUUUCUGGAGAAUGAGCUAAUUAAGGAAAAGAGGCUCUUUGGAGGAGAGAGGAUUGGAAUGGUAGACAUAGCAGCUAAUACCGUCUGA